AUGGAAAAUCCGAAAACAACCAAAUUAGUGCUAUCGAUUGGGUCGCUGAUGGAUAAUGAAGAAGCGGUUGUGGCUGAUGAACCUCCACGAGACUUUGAGGACUCUGCAGUGCCUUCUAAGCCACCAGCUCUCUCCCCAGUUGAGAAUAUUGAUAUGGAUCUUGAGUCAGCAGAGACUAUCUUGGCAAUAGAUGCCCAGGCAGAAAAGCACGGCUUGGUUUUGGAAGCACCCAAUUUUGAGCCAUCGAUUGAGUCGCUUGUGGAGAAUGGAAAAACUUCUGUUUCUGCUGAACUUCCACGACGCAUUGAGAACCGUAAAGUUCCUUCAGAUCCACCAGCUUUGACCGCAGGUGUGCAUAAUGAUCCAGCUAAGACUAUCUUGGCCAUAGAUGCAGAGGAGAAAAAUAGUUCUCAAGGAGAUAACCAAGUCUUGGUUUUGGUAACACCCAAAUUGGAGCCAUUGACUGGGUCGCUGAUGGAGUAUGAAGAAGCGGCUGUUCCUGCUGAACUUCCACGAGACUUUGAGGAGCGUACACUUCCAUCUGAUCCACCGGCUCUGAUCCCAUGUGUCAAUAAUGAUGUAGAUCCCGAGCCAACCAAGACUAUAUUGGCCAUAGAGAACAAUAGUUCCCAGGGAGAGAACCAAAGCUUAGUUUUGAAAACACCCAAAUUGGAGCCAUCGACUUGGUCGCUGAUGGAGACUGAAGAAGCUUUUGUUACUGCUGUACUUCCACAAGAAAAUGAGGACCGUACAAUUCCCUCUGAUCUACCAACUCUGACUCCAGGUGAGAAUAAUGAUAAAGAUCGUGAGCCAGCCAAGACUAUCUCGGCCCUAGAUGAGAAUGAGAAAAAUAGUGCACAGAAAGAAAACCAAGGCUUGGUUUUGGAUUCAACAGCAAAUACCAUGCCCCUUGAGAAUGCUAUCGAGAAUCAAGAUGUUCCUAUCCCAAAAUGUAAUCCUGUAUCAUCGGAGGAAACGGAGGAGGACUGCGGCGAAGAACCUUUUCUAGAUAUUACCGAAGAGGAUCUUGACUCCAUCUUCUCUGAUAACACCACUUCCACGGAAAACGAAAAUAGCAAAAUCCCAUUCAAGGCAAUCUUCAGGAACCGAAAGAAGGAUUCAGAUCGCCGCCGGCAGUCGAAGAGCAAUCUGAACCACUAUUUGUGCAAGACAUUGAUACCCAAGAAUGCCCUUACGAUACUAAAUGAAUUGAACGGUGUGAUUAUUUACAACACAUCCGUUAAACGCGACCACGAAGAACAAUUCAAGGCUUCUAUGAUUAUCAACUCAAAGGAAUAUGUUGGACAGGGCCCUUCAAAAUUGUCCGCCAGAAAUGCGGCCUCCGAGAAGGGCUUACGUGAUAUUUUUAUAGAGAAAAUUAAUGACGGUAAAGAUUCUCUACCCAUGAAGCAACUGGCCUCAUACGCCCUUUACAAACUUUUUAAGGAGUGGCAGAAUGAAGGUUUCAAUAAUACAGCUUUACUUAGUGAUAUGCAGUGUGGCCUAAAUGGUUUUCAACAAAAGCCGCUUUUACGCACAGAAUUGCCCAGCAAAUGGAAGACCAUGCAUCCCUGCGCUAUUCUCCACCAUAUGCGCCCUAACUCUUCUUACAAGUUUUUGGGACCUACUGUCUGUCAGCAUACUAUUAUAUUCAAUAUGGGAAUGAAUGUCGAUGACCAGGAGUUUAAAGCUAGCGGAACAUCCAAGAAGAUUGCACGCCACAAUUUGGCCGAGCUAGUGUGCAACAAACUGUUUGGAACCAAUCUGCCUGGAAUAGAUACUGAAACUUAAAGAAUUUUAUGCUUUUAGAAUUUUUUUAAAUUUAAUUUAUUACAGAAUGUCCUACCAGUGCUUUCAUUAAGAAGCUUAAGACAUUUUAAGCUAUCUUGUAAAGUAUUUGAUUUUACUGCCAGCGAAACUUGUUCAAUCUUUUCUCAUUACAGCACUCAGAACCUAUGCAAUUAUUUGCAUUCAAAUCUCACCCCUCUACUCCACCCUGUCAUCAUAGAAAGACAAACAAAAAAGCGACAGAACAAAGAUCUUGGAUAUUGAAUUUAAUUAAAAAUGUUCAUGACAG